ACACGUGAUUAGAAUCGAUUUGUACAAUUCAUUCAAUAUUAGCCAUAUUUUAUAGAAUCUAAGAAGAAAAUGACGAAUUUGAAACAAUUUUUUCAAUGGAAGUUCAGUGUGGUGAUAAUUUUCGUGCUUGCUUACCUUCUGCUGAAUGUAGAUGGUACUGAGUUUUCCAUAAAAAAGCGGGUGAAACGAAAGGUCGUGUUCACCAAAAGCAGCAAAUUUUUUUUUCGUCUAAAUGGCAAAGAAAAUAUACUCAACUAUACCACUUUACUGGCUCAUGGAUGGGGCUUUCGAAUUAACUACGAUUUACCUCAUACGCUCGCGCAGAGAAUGCACUUUUUCAAAAGAGACAUACACAAUGAUAUUGAAGAAAUUCAAAAUCCAAUGCUGGCCAACAUGGUAAAUUGUGUCUUAAGCAAAGCAUGUGCUAUUUUAUCUCAACCAUUUGUUGCAAAAAACUGUGGAAUAUUUUGUGGAAUCGGAAAAAUUGUUGCAAGCUCGCAAGGCAUUGAAGCGGACUUUUUUAAGACUUUUAGCGGGAAAUGUCAACUUUAUCACGAGAGGUGUCCUGGAAGCUUCGAGAAAUCAUCCAUCUUUGGCUUCGGAUAGGUGAUUCUACCUAUAUGAACAACACUAUUUGAUAAAGUGAAAAUAAAUGUUUAAAAUUGA